UGGUGGUGGGAAGAAUCCGGGCUGGACGAUGGAGAAAACUCCCUUUCUCGCUAGUGGAAAGACAGCGCCUUUUUUGUGCGUUGAAGUGCGCCAGCUUUUUCAGACGGGAGGAAUGCGGAGUGUCAAGGGGUCAGGAUCAAUCCGGUGUGAGUUGAUGAGGCAGGAAGGUGGAGAAGAAUGUCAGGAAUGUCGCUGUUUGUGUAGGACUCCAUUCAGCCGAUUGGCGAGUCCCGGGCGCCUGGAGGGUAUAAAAGCAGCCCGGGCUGCCUGCUGGAGCCUCAGACAACAAUCGUUCGGCUUGCUGACGGACGGAAAGAGAGAAAACGGAGGCACUUUUCAGACAACCGCCCAGCCGAGCCGUCCCGUAGCACAGCAGCUCCCACGCCAGCUAACCAACCUUCCCCGCACUCGCCAGGACAGGACGAGCGGCUUCAGCCAGAUCGCACGCCGCUUUUUACAGCCCCCGAGCAUGCUGGCAAAGAUGGGACUCGGCAGCUUGGCCUUGGCGCUCCUCGUCGCCCUCGUCGGCCGGCAGGUGGCCGGCCAAGACUGCAGUGGGCAAUGCCAGUGUCCGCCGGCGCCUCCCGAGUGCUCGCCCGGGACAAGCCUGGUGCAGGACGGCUGCGGCUGCUGCCGGGUGUGCGCCAAACAGCUGGGCGAGCUGUGCACCGAGCGGGACCCCUGCGAUCACCACAAAGGGCUCUUCUGCGACUUCGGGUCCCCCGUCAACCGCAAGAUCGGCGUCUGCACCGCAAGAGACGGUGCCCCAUGCGUGUUUGGAGGCAUGGUGUACAGGAGCGGGGAGUCCUUCCAGAGCAGCUGCAAGUACCAGUGCACGUGCCUCGAUGGGGCAGUGGGCUGCGUUCCUCUCUGCAGCAUGGGUGUCCGCCUGCCUAGUCCUGACUGCCCUUACCCUCGAAGAGUAAAGCUUCCAGGCAAAUGCUGUGAAGAAUGGGUGUGUGAUGAACCCAAGGACAAGGAGCAGACUGCAGUUGGACCUGCUCUUGCUGCAUAUAGACUAGAAGACACUUAUGGACCUGACCCGUCAUUGAUGCGUGCCAAUUGUUUGGUCCAGACCACUGAAUGGAGUGCCUGCUCAAAGACAUGCGGAAUGGGCAUCUCCACCAGAGUCACCAAUGACAAUGCCUACUGCAGGUUGGAGAAGCAAAGCAGGCUGUGCAUGGUGAGACCAUGUGAAGCAGACCUGGAAGAGAGCAUCAAGAAAGGCAAAAAGUGUAUUCGUACUCCCAAAAUUUCGAAGCCUAUCAAGUUUGAGCUGUCUGGCUGUACCAGUGUGAAGACAUACCGAGCCAAGUUCUGUGGUGUCUGUACUGAUGGGCGUUGCUGCACCCCCCACAGAACCGCCACUCUCCCCGUGGAGUUCAAGUGUCCCGAUGGUGAGGUUAUGAAGAAGAGGAUGAUGUUCAUCAAGACUUGUGCAUGCCACUACAACUGCCCUGGGGACAAUGAUAUCUUUGAGUCUGUGUAUUACAGGAAGAUGUAUGGAGACAUGGCAUAAAGCCAAAUAAGGGACUCUUAAACUUGACUGUCAACUUGAACUGAAAAUUGCAUCUCAUUUUGUAAAACCUGAUUCAAUAGCACAAGUUAUUUAAGUAUUUUUUUAAAAUCAAACUGUUUCAUGUGACUUAAGACGAAAGUGUCUACUGACCCCAAACUUUGGUUUGAAGGAAAAAAAAUAAGAUGGACAGUAAGGAACCACAGAAAAAAAAACUGUGCCUCAGAAUAGAGUGUACUAUUUAUGGGGAUGAUAUUUAGGGAUUGCUGAAGGAGAUGUGCACUCUCAGAUGUAGUGCAAUUUAAAAAGACCCUUAGCAACUUUACCAACACUUUGCUUCUGUGCUGGUAAUUGGUGGACUGGAACACCUCACCCAGCAAGGUGCUAAGUAAUGAUGUCCUGUUAGUCAGAACUAACUGCUUUUUGAAGUUCUGAUUCAAGUGCUUUCUUUCAAAUUGAAUUGGUCUUGUGUGUGUUAGACUGGACAGCUUGUACAGUGAACUUCCCUGUUACAAGCCAGAUUUUUUUCUAAUAUUGUAAAUAUUGUAUGUGUAUAUAUAUAAAUAUAUUUUGUACAGUUAUCUAAGUUAAUUUAAAGUUUUAUUGCCUUUUGAAAUGCUUUGAUACAUCAGUGUUAGCCUCUACCUUUCAUUUUUAAUGGCUUGUCUGAUCCCAUACAUUCAACCAUUGAAAUAGAUAAUAUGUUCAGUUAAUGGGUGGGGGGAAUAGUGAACUGAAUUGAUGAAUUACUGAAAAAGUACCCUCACAUCCUUUGGAAGCAUUUCAUCUAAUUUGGGGGUAAGAAGGGCUUUAAUGGCUCCAAGUUAAGAAUAGCAGUUCAUUGAUCAACUACUAAUCUUUCCACCUGGGAACCUUUUUUCUUUCUUUGACCGUGGCUGUUUUGGGGACAGUUUAUUACACGUUGAGAAAUGUGACCAAAAGUUACAUGUUUGCACCUUUCUAGAAAAAAAAUAAAGUAUUUUUAUUUUUUAUAUAAA